AGCCACUCACUCCAAGCAGCAACUUCAGAACAUCGUGAGCCCCAAAUCAUUUAAAAAAACAGUGAAAACAUGAUGAUGUCUAAUGAUGAUGAUCUCCUUCUAGGGUUUUGCAACUUCUUCGAAGACCCUUCUUCUCUUUCACUUCUCUGAAACUUCAGAUUCGUGUCGGAGAGUUCUUUUUUCUUUUCUUUUCUUUCUGAUGUUACAAUGGGAGACAAUAUAUUCACUUUCUUCCUAAUCAUGUCUUCAGUCUCUCUUCUCUUCUGUUCUUCUUCGAGUUCAUCUCUUAAUCUCUCACUAAUCAGACAAGCAAACGUCCUUGUCUCUCUAAAGCAAAGCUUUGAUUUCUAUGAUCCUUCUCUUGAUUCAUGGAACAUUCCAAAUUUCAACUCUCUAUGCUCUUGGACCGGUGUUUCUUGUGACAACUUGAACCAGUCCAUUACUCGUCUCGACAUCUCUAACCUCAACAUCUCCGGCACACUCUCGCCAGAAAUCUCCAGUCUUUCAUCGUCUCUUGUUUAUCUCUCCGUCGCCUCAAACAGUUUUUCCGGCGAGAUUCCUAAAGAGAUCACCAAGCUGACGAGCCUAGAGUUCUUAAACAUCUCAAACAACGCCUUUGAAGGAGAGCUUGCGCCACUUGACUUCAGUCAAAUGACUCAGCUCACGACACUCGACGCUUACGACAACAACCUCAACGGAUCGCUUCCUCUGUCUCUAACCAAACUCACUCAACUCGACUACUUAGACCUCGGAGGAAACUACUUUACCGGCCAGAUCCCUAGAAGCUACGGAGGUUUCUUGCGCCUCACGUUACUGUCUUUAUAUGGAAACGACCUAAGCGGGAGGAUCCCUAGCGAGCUAGGGAACAUCACAACUCUUCAGAAGCUAUACUUAGGUUACUACAACGACUUCCACGGCGGGAUACCUGCGGAUUUGGGGAGGUUGACCAAUCUUGUUCACUUGGAUUUAGCUAACUGCAGCUUGAAAGGAUCAAUCCCUGGAGAGUUAGGGAAUCUCAAGAACUUGGAGAUUCUUUAUCUUCAGACCAAUGCACUCACAGGUUCUGUUCCUAGAGAGUUAGGGAACAUGACGAGCCUCAAGACUCUAGAUCUCUCCAACAACUUUCUAGAAGGAGAGAUUCCUCUGGAGCUAGCUGGACUUCAAAAGCUUCAGCUGUUUAACCUCUUCUUCAACAAGUUACACGGCGAGAUUCCCGAGUUCGUGUCUCACCUUCCUGAUCUUGAAGUUCUCAAGCUUUGGCACAACAACUUCACCGGGAAGAUUCCUGAGAAUCUUGGCACAAACGGGAGGUUGGUUGAGAUCGAUUUGUCUACUAAUAAACUCACAGGUUUGAUCCCUGAAUCGCUCUGCUUCGGAAGAAACCUAAAGAUUCUCAUUCUCUUCAACAACUUCUUGUUCGGUCCUCUCCCUGAAGACCUUGGCCAAUGCGAGUCGCUCUGGAGAUUCCGUCUAGGUCAAAACUUUCUGACAGGUAGACUGCCUAAGGGUUUGAUCUAUCUGCCUAAUGUAUCUCUUCUUGAGCUUCAAAACAACUUCUUGACUGGAGAAAUACCAGAAGAAGAGGAGGGAAGUGUAGGGUUAUCAAGCCUCACUCAGAUCAAUCUGUCAAACAAUCGGUUAACCGGACCGAUCCCAAGCUCAAUCAGAAACCUCAGAAGCCUACAGAUUCUCCUUCUUGGCUCUAACCGGUUCACGGGGCAGAUUCCUGGUGAAAUAGGAAGCUUGAAGAGUCUUCUCAAGAUUGACAUGAGCAGAAAUAACUUCUCUGGCAAGUUACCUCUAGAGUUUGGUGAUUGUCACUCAUUGACCUACUUGGAUUUGAGUCAUAACCAGCUCUCGGGUCAGAUUCCGGUUCAGAUUUCACAGAUUCGGAUGCUAAACUAUCUGAAUGUUUCUUGGAACUCCUUAAACCAAAGCAUCCCCGCGGAGAUAGGAUACCUGAAGAGCUUAACAUCAGCAGAUUUCUCACACAACAACUUCUCUGGUUCCGUACCAACUUCAGGGCAAUUCUUUUACUUCAACAACACGUCAUUCCUCGGAAACGCUUUUCUCUGCGGAUACUCUUCAAACCCUUGCAACGGUUCUCAAAACCAGUCUCAAUCUCAGCUUCUUGACCAGAAAAAUGCAAAUUCCCACGGCGAAAUCUCCGCGAAAUUCAAGCUGUUAUUAGGGUUAGGUCUACUAGGGUUCUUCUUGGUGUUCAUCGUUUUGGCUGUGGUCAAGAACUGGAGAGCGAGAAGGAAUAGUUCAAAUAUAUGGAAGCUCAUAGGGUUUCAACAGCUAGGUUUCAGAAGCGAGCACAUUGUGGAGUGCGUUAAAGAGAACAAUGUGAUCGGUAAAGGCGGUGCAGGGAUCGUCUACAAAGGCUUAAUGCCAAACGGUGAAGAAGUUGCGGUCAAGAAGCUCUUGUCCAUUAGCAAAACAUCAUCUCACGACAACGGUUUAUCCGCAGAGAUUCAGACAUUGGGUAGAAUCAGACACAGGAACAUUGUGAGAUUGCUCGCUUUCUGUUCAAACAAAGACGUGAAUCUCCUUGUUUACGAGUACAUGCCUAAUGGUAGUCUUGGAGAAGUCUUGCAUGGGAAAGCUGGAGUGUUUUUGAAGUGGGAAACGCGGUUGCAAAUAGCGUUGGAAGCGGCUAAAGGAUUGUGCUAUCUUCAUCACGAUUGCUCUCCGCUUAUAAUCCACCGGGAUGUGAAAUCAAACAACAUCUUGUUGGGUCCUGAUUUUGAAGCUCAUGUCGCUGAUUUUGGGCUGGCUAAGUUUAUGUUGCAAGAUAAUGGAGCUUCAGAGUGUAUGUCAUCCGUCGCAGGCUCGUACGGCUACAUCGCUCCAGAAUACGCAUAUACACUAAGAAUAGAUGAGAAGAGCGAUGUGUACAGCUUCGGAGUAGUACUAUUGGAGCUAAUAACAGGUCGAAAACCAGUAGAUAAAUUUGGAGAAGAAGGGAUAGACAUUGUGCAAUGGUCAAAGAUUCAGACAAAUUGUAACAGGCGAGGUGUGGUAAAGAUCAUUGACCAAAGAUUGAGCAAUGUGCCACUAGGAGAAGCCAUGGAACUGUUCUUUGUGGCAAUGCUAUGUGUUCAAGAACAUAGUGUUGAGAGACCGACCAUGAGAGAGGUCGUCCAGAUGAUUUCUCAAGCUAAACAACCCAACACUUCUAAAUCCAGUGAAUUUAUAUAUAUGCUAAAUAUUUUUUGUUAUGUUAUUUGUGUUCUGUAGAGUUUUUUAGAAAUG